CAACACUUUGUGCCGAGCAGCUGAAGAGUAAAGUGCAUUUAUUGGAUAGAAUUAAUUAACGAGAAAAAUGGCUUUACGACGCUGUCACUUGAACCCGAAGAAAACACUUUUCCUGCUGUGCGACAUACAGGAAAAGUUCCGUCCCGGAAUGCCGCUCUUCGAUAAAAUGGUCAAGAAUGCGGACAAAUUGACGAGGGCGGGCAAAGCGUUGGAUGUGCCCUUGAUAGUCACCGAACAUUAUCCCGAGAAACUGGGCAAAACAGUUGCUGAUCUCGAUGUGUCGCAUGCCAAGAUCGUGCUGGGUAAAACCUAUUUCAGCAUGAUGACGCCACAGGUAAAGAGUGUGAUCAAGGACAUCUUCGGCGAGAAGCCGCAGGAUGUGGUACUCUACGGCCUGGAGUCUCACAUCUGUGUGGAGCAGACUGCAAUUGAUUUGCGGGAACAGGACAUUAAUGUCUACAUCGUGGCCGAUUGUUGCUGCUCGCGUCUCAACCAGGAUAGGGAUUUGGCCCUGGAACGUUUACGCCAGGCUGGCUGUGUGAUUACCACCAGCGAGAGCGUCAUCUUUGAUCUGGUGCGUGACAAGAACAAUCCCAAAUUCGAUGCCAUUCGUCGACUGGUGAAUACCACCUCAGUGGACAUGGAGCUGACACGCAAUCCCGCAAAGUUGUAAGACAUCAUUUGUGUAUUUGUGUCUCGAUUCCAAAACAGAAUUGUGUAAUAGAAUUAAUAUGAAGUUUUA